UGUGCCGUGCUCGGGUCGGGCUAAUAUGGGCCGGGCUUCGGGCCCAUGGGUAUCGGGCCAAAUGGCCAUCUAUAGACAUGGCGAGACCAGCGGGGCGCCUCGCCCUCACCGUCACGUUCCUGCUCCUGCUGGCCACCGUCCCGGAAGCAAGCAACGCAGCGGCGACCUCGCACGCGCAGACCGACGCCCUCCUCGCGUGGAAGUCUAGCCUCGGCGACCCGCAUGCGCUCUCCACCUGGACGGACGCCACCGCGGCGUCCAUCUGCACCACCUGGCGCGGGGUCGCCUGCGACGCCGCCGGCCGCGUCGCGUCGCUCCGGCUCCGCGGCCUCAGCCUCGCCGGCGGCCUGGGCGCGCUCGACGCCGCCGCGUUCCCGGGCCUCGCCGCCCUCGACCUCAACGGCAACAACCUGGCCGGCCCCAUCCCGGCGUCGCUCUCCCGCUUGCGUGCGCUGGACACGCUCGACCUGGGCAGCAACGGGCUCGACGGCACCAUCCCGCCGCAGAUUGGCGACCUCUCCGGCCUCGUCGACCUCCGCCUCUACAACAACAACCUCGCCGGCGCCAUCCCGCACCAGCUGAGCAAGCUUCCCAAGAUCGUCCACCUCGACCUGGGCUCCAACUUCCUGACCAACCCGGACAAGUUCGACCCCAUGCCCACCGUCGCCUUCCUCUCGCUCUACCUCAACUACCUCAACGGCAGCUUCCCGGAGUUCGUGCUCCGCAGCGGCAACGUCACCUACCUCGACCUCUCGCAGAACGGGUACUCGGGCCCCAUACCGGACGUGCUGCCGGAGCGGCUGCCCAACCUGCGGUGGCUCAACCUGUCAGCCAACGCGUUCUCCGGUCGGAUCCCAGCGUCGCUCGCGCGGCUGACGAGUCUCCAGGACCUGCACGUCGGCGGCAACAACCUCACUGGCGGCGUCCCGGACUUCCUGGGGUCCAUGUCGCAGCUCAGGGUCCUUGAGCUCGGCGGCAACCCGCUAGGCGGGCCGCUCCCGCGGGUUCUUGGCCGGCUCAAGAUGCUGCAGCACCUCGACGUGAACAAUGCCGGGCUGGUCUCCACUCUUCCGCCGGAGCUCGGCAGCCUCACUAACCUCGAAUCCAUCGACCUCUCAGGUAACCAACUCUCCGGGAGCUUGCUAGCGUCAUUCGCUGGGAUGCAGAAGAUGCGUGAGUUCGGGGUAUCGUCCAACAAUCUUACCGGCGAGAUCCCAGGGAGGCUGUUCGCGAGCUGGCCGGAGCUCAUAUCCUUCGAAGUGCAGAGCAAUUCGCUGACCGGAAAGAUUCCGCCGGAGGUCGGCAAGGCGACGAAGCUGGAAUUCCUGUACCUAUUCAGCAACAACCUCACCGGCUCUAUCCCGCCGGAGCUCGGCGAGCUGGCGAACCUGACCGAACUGGAUUUGUCGGUGAACUCGCUCACCGGACCGAUACCCAGCUCGUUUGGCAGUCUCAAGCAGCUGGCGCUCUUCUUCAACGGGCUCACCGGCAAGAUCCCGCCGGAGAUCGGCAAUAUGACGGCGCUGCAAGUCUUGGACGUCAACACCAACCAUCUGGAAGGAGAGCUGCCUUCCACCAUCUCAUCGCUGAGGAACCUCCAGUACCUGGCAUUGUUCGACAACAAUUUGAGUGGCACAAUCCCAUCGGACUUCGGCGAAGGGCUGGCACUGACCGAUGUGAGCUUCGCCAACAACAGUUUCUCCGGAGAGCUGCCACGGAGACUCUGCGAAGGUCUCGCGCUGCAGAACUUCACGGCGAACCACAACAACUUCAGCGGCGAGCUGCCGCCGUGCCUACGGUACUGCACGGGCAUGUACCGCUUGCGAUUAGAUCAGAACAACUUCACCGGCGACUUGUCGGAGGCAUUCGGUGUCCAUCCCAGCUUGUACUAUUUGGACGUAUCAGGGAACCAAUUGACAGGAAGACUGUCAUUAGAUUGGUCACAAUACAGCAGUCUCAAUACUCUGAUCAUCAGGGGAAACCACAUAUCUGGCAAUAUUGGUGCGUCCUUCUGCAGUUUGUCUUCUCUGAUGUCAUUGGAUCUCUCAAAUAACCAACUGAGCGGGGAGCUCCCAGGUUGCUGGUGGAACUUGCAAUCUUUGGAAUUUAUGGAUGUGUCUGGCAACAUCUUUUCGGGUGAAUUCGCAGCCUCAGCAAGCUAUGAUUUGCCUCUACAGUCGCUUCAUAUUGAUAACAACAACUUCUUUGGAGUUUUUCCACCUAUCAUUCAGAAAUGCAAGGAGCUCAGGACCCUAGAUCUUGGGGAUAACAAUUUCUUUGGCAAUAUACCGUCUUGGAUUGGAACAAGCGUUCAGCUUAUAAGAGUUCUCAGGCUUCGAUCAAAUAAUAAUUUCAGUGGUAUUAUUCCUUCGGAACUAUCUCUACUUUCCGAUCUUCAUUUACUUGACAUGGCCAAUAAUAACUUUAUUGGAUCCAUACCGAGAUCAUUUGGCAACUUAUCAUCAAUGAAACAACCAGAAAAGGCUUCCAUGGAAUCUUUUCAAAAGCAUGAUAUCCAUUUGCAGCUUGCAUUGGUCCAAGAAAGCCGGGUUUCUGUGUUUUCAAGGAAGACUGAGCCUGAUCCCCAGAGCCCUAAGGAUCAGUAUCGAGAUAGGAUUAACAUAUUCUGGAAAGGCAAUGAACAAACUUUUCAGAGAACUAUUGAAUUUGUAACAGGUAUUGAUUUAUCAAACAAUUCAUUUUCUGAUGGCAUCCCGGAAGAGAUAGUUUACCUUCAAGGUCUCCGAUUUUUGAACUUGUCAAGAAACAAUCCAUCUGGCAGUAUUCCUGAAAGAAUUGGCAUGUUGAGUCUCUUGGAGUCACUUGUGUUAUAUUAGAAUCAACACAGUGCACGACCAAGAGGGAUCUCUUUCUCUUUUCUUUGUUCAAGUACAAGAUGUUUCUAGAUCUAGAA